UCCUCAUCUCACGACUAUAUAAACCACUGGCUCCUUGGAAAACUCACCAUCUGGUCUAAGAACUCCAGGACUUAAGAAAAGUCUCACCUAACUGCCACCAUGAAAUUCUCUCUCAUCGCCGUCCUUGUUGUUGCUCUGGCCAUUGGGUCAGAGUCACUAUCUCUGGUCAAGAGAGAGGCUCCUGCUGAACUUGAGAAGAUCGCCAAGUACUUCCAGGAUCUGGUGGACACUCUGAAAGCCCCUGAGAUGGCCGACAAGGCCAGGGCUUACUUUGAGGAGAGCAGAGCUCAGUUCCAGCCUAUGGUUGAGAGGCUCCAGGAGCAGCUGAAGCCUCUGUCCAACAUCGAAGACCAAAUCAAACCACUGGCCGCCUCCGUCCAGGCUCAGGUCGCCCCUCUGAGUGAUAUGGUGCAGACCCAAUUUGAGGAGAUGAUCAAGUUUGUUGCUGAGAAGACCAAAGACAUCUUGCCCCCUCAGUAAACAGGACACCUGUUUAUAUGUGUGUUUGAAAUAAUAAAAGGGCUUGAAAGUUGUCA